AUGAACAUCAAAAGAAUCGAGGAGACAACGGUUCCCAACCCUGCGAGUACAAAACUGGCAUUAAUUAGGGGCCAAAGAAGUGUCAUUUCCAGAGACUUUGCCGCUUAUAGAUCAGCUCUGGAGCGCCAUAAGUUCAGUAUAGACGCCCCCAAUUGGCUCAGAUCUAAACGCAGGGCAUCCACACAAACGGCUCAGAAUAUGACGGACCUAAAGGAUUGGCUGAUCUUAUUUUGUUUGGCGUUCACUGAUGGAGACGACGGCUUCUGUCUUCAGCGCAAAGAUAUUCAGACAUUAAAACCCUAUCAAAAAGUGAAUAGAAUUCCCGGAUUACGAAACCUAUUGUGGAAAAGAGACACGUUUUGCCAGACUAUGACUGAGGCCAGGAAAGUGCACCCGCUGGGAUAUUCAGCCGAAUGGCUCUUAAAGCCGAUAAGCAUAGGCGGACACUCAUCAGGAAACGGUCCGCAACUGAUCAACAUUUUCACUAAUGAGGGAAGGGAUCGACUCCGAGAAUAUAACGUAAAGAGAGGUGUCAUACAGCAAUACAUCGCUAAUCCUUUGCUCGUCUUUGGACAACCCGUCAGUUUGAGACUUUACGUAAUCGUCACAUCUAUGGCGCCGCUCAGGGCUUAUGUCCACAGCGAGGGACUGGUGUUUCAUCGAUACGAAGAAAAUAGAAAUUAUAAAAAAAUCCCGGGUCGCACGUGGAUUCUGAGCCAAUUCUGGCAGUUUAUAUCGAAAAACAACGGAACCGAUAGCAUGAAGAAAGCAAUUAAUAGCAUAUAUCGAGCGAUUCUGCAGACAUUACUGAUAGCGGAGGCUAUGCUUAUAACACAACAACAACAGCACUCGACAAUGCAUUCAAAUAACAUUAAUUCCGAACGACUUUUGUUCGCCAAAUGUAACUCUUGUUUCCAUUUAAUGGCUUUCGAUAUUAUACUGAACUCCAGUUUAGAGCCAUUUAUCAUAGAAGUGAAUGGUCAGCCCAAUAUGCAGGAGUCACGGAAGGACGAGUCGCCCCUUUCAGGCGGCGUAAAGAAACUGAUUCUCGACGAUGUCAUAGACCUAAUCAGUGCAACCGAUUUGGUGGCCAACGAUGUCUCCGAAGCAUUAGAUGAGGUGAUUGACGAGAAUAUCGGCGUAAUGGGCAUCAGUUGUCAUAUAUCUCACGACCUGUGCUUAAGUAGAGAUGAUUUGAGUUAUUUAUUGAGUUCAAGACGAGAGGCACUAAAUAAGGGUUCGUUUAAGAACUUAUAUCCGGCGCUCGGAAUCGAGGCAUACAAACCCCUAAUCGACGAAUUGAGUCAAUUGAUUGUCGCCCAAAGUGUGGGCCAAACACCUAACGAGCUGUCGGUGCACAAGACGGCAGACCUGCAUCCGCUUCUCAUGUCUUUAGAGCGCUAUUAUUACCGGCAUAUCAUCGACGAGGAGUACGGCGACAGCGCCGGUAACACCGCUAACGAGCACUCGACUCGCAAUCAAAUCAGUUUCCAUAACAGUUCCGUCUAUUUAAGCGACAAAAACCCAUUUGACUCGACAGUCAACGGCUGUUCCGAUGAGCCCUCAUCACUGCCUUAUUUAGCGUCUAUUGAAUUGAGUCCUAAAUUACAAUUAAUGCCUCCAUUUUCGCCACUUAUCACACAAUAUCACUGCAAUGUCUCAUACGAACAGCUUAUGGUCAGUGUUUGGGCCAAAGCCCAGAACUGUCAGAGCGAAGUGAGAUUAGAAGAUAAGUUUGGUUCAUCCAGAACGACAAAUUAUACUCUUGGAAUUGGGGUCAAUAAGAUAUCGCUGGUUGUGGUCGAUAUAUCACAUACAGAGCCGUGGGUUAUAAACACAUACACUCUCAUCAUAAAUCGUGUUCCCGUCACCCAUAAUGUGCCUGAAUUUCGUGCACAACUACCUCAUCGAGUUUGUUCAUUCACUCAAGACUGUGAUAUGAGAGUCUUUCCACGCAAUCAGUGCGGACUCAGCGAACAAAACGAUUACUCCGAUUGGAGGGCAUUCCUCUACAGACAAUCGUUGACCACAAAGUGUAGGACAGGGGCCGAAAGUGGGCACUGGAUGGUGCCGUGUCAGAGCUGCCACAACUCGUCCACCUGCUACUGGCGAGAGGCCCGAUGGGAUCCACUCCAAUGCCAUUACCCCAUUCUCUCGCAAAAGAGGCUCUCCUCAUGCCUCACCAACAAAAAGAUACUAUUCGUGGGCGACUCAACCAACAGAGGAAUUAUGCAUUACUUGAUUGAGAGACUCAACGGAACACUCGUCGACUGGGAUAAGACACACGACUUGAAAAUAUACCCAAAUAUGAAUAGAAAGAAGACUUUAAUUAGUUUCGCGUAUUAUCCCAAGUUUUGGUUACCCACUAAUCAAAGGCCAUCGUUUGAUAGAGCAGUUUAUCAACUCUUUGAAAAAGUACAGCCCUUAGAGAAUAACUCAAACACUGUAUUAAUCUUCGGUGGCGUUCAAUGGCUGGCGACACAACACAUCCAUAUGUUGCUCAAGACAUUAGCGAAAAAGAGCAGCAGAGGUAUCGGGAGGUAUUGUAACUUGAGUAAAGGAUACGUUACUUCAAUCCGAAUCUUCAUCAGCUAUGAAUGUUAUAUUGUUAACGAAUUUGAGUUCUUCACCACAUUCUGUAUAAAUAAAUGCAUUUCUUUAUUCACAUUCAUUUGUCUGCGGAUUAUUCGCCUCUAUUUCGACGCCUUCACCGGUAUUACAGCCCUUGUGUUCACGUCAUCCCAGAAGGGAAGGGUUCCGCCGAUUGGCGACAGACUAUUACUACAGUCCGCACAUCACUUGUCCGCUCAGAUCAAGACCGGAAAGCUCAAGAGUGAAGUGCUGGUGAAGGCAUUCGUCGAUCGGAUCAAAGUGGUUCAGCCGUAUGUUAACGCAGUGGUAGACCAGAGAUAUGUGGACGCAGUUCUUGAAGCCAUCGAUAUUGAUAAACGGGUUCAACACGAGCUGUAUGGCAAUGACCCACUAAUACCAGGGCUCUCUAUCCACGACCAGCCACUCCUCGGGAUCCCAUUCUCGUGCAAAGACAGUGUCAGUAUUGAAGGUCUGGCUAUUGAUGGCGCCGUCGAAGCGAGAAAAGGCAUGAAAGCCGGAAGUGAUGCCAAAGCCAUUGAAUAUUUGCGAAGAGCCGGCGCUAUUCCACUGGUGUUGACAAACAUACCGGAGAUGACAAUGUGGUGGAGCUCUGCCAAUUCAAUUUACGGCCAGACCAACAACCCGUACGACUUGUCUCGUAUUCCUGGCGGCUCUUCCGGAGGAGAGGGAGCGCUCAUCUCUUCUGCAGCGUCUGUGGUAGGCGUCGGCUCAGACUUCGGCGGUUCCAUCAGAAUCCCCUCAUUCUUCUGCGGUAUCUUUGGUCAUAAGCCGAGUCCUGGUUUGGUUCCCAUUGACGGCCAGUUUCCCGAAAUGACUCCUGAAAUAAGUCACAUGCAGUCCAUCGGACCGAUGACCAGAUAUUCCUCAGAUCUGCUUCCGAUGCUUAAAGCUAUGGUCGGUUCCAACGGACGUAAACUAAAACAUGACGAAAGCGUCGACCUCUCGAAACUCAAGAUUUAUUAUAUGGAAGAGAAUGGGAACCCAUUUGACACUAAUGUGAGCCCAGAUAUCAAGAGUGCCAUUCGUCGCAUAGUGUCUCAUAUGAGCCAAAAGUACGGGAAUUACACCAAAAAAGUUCAUUUCGAUGCCUUUCGGGACGCCUUCUUCAUAUGGAUCUAUACAUUCAAACAAACAAAACACAUUUUGGGUGAGAAGAAGACCACCACUUCCCGAUGGCAGGCCGUCAUAGAUCUAUUCAAAUACUUCGCCAAUAUGUCUGACCACACGUUAUAUUAUUUAAUCUUAAGCGCUAUCAUUGAAUUGACUCCAAGUGUUGACACAGAAUUCGGUCAAAAGUAUGUCCGUUUGGGACGAGAAUUGAAACAAGAAUUCAAACAGUUAUUAGGCAACGAUGGGGUCUUCAUAUACCCGACCCAUCCGGAGGCGGCGCCCAAACACUUGUCAACAAUUCUCAAACUUUCAAACAUCUCGUAUACAAUGAUUUUUAACGCAUUAGGAGUUCCCGUCACUACCUGUCCGAUGGGUCUCAAUAGAGAUGGUCUACCGAUUGGCGUACAGAUAGUGGGGUCGCCUCUCAACGAUCACUUGACUAUAGCUGUGGCACAAGAACUCGAGAAAGCGUUCGGCGGUUGGGUUUCGCCCUCAAAGAUCGUCUGCUAAUUGUUUUCUCG